GCGGCUCAGCAUCAAACCGAGUGACAACGGAAGAAUAAUAAAUCAUCGAGAAGAGCCAUCGACUGUACACGUCACAAUCCCUUUCCAAACCUCACAUCGUUCCAUACACUCUUCCUUCCUCGUCUUCUUACUUCUCAAAUUUCUAUAAUCACUUCACUCUUCUGAUCCAAAAUUCCCUGUGGAUCUGUCCGAAUCGAUCAUAUUUCCACGUUGAUAAACACUUGGAUCAACUCAGGGCGCAUCCGUCAACGUACCCCGCGCUUCACUCGCCUCAACAAAGCACGAUUGUGAACUGGCCAACUGUUGGUCACCGCCUACAUUGUUGAGGUGAUAAUCCUCACCUUCCCGAGCAUAUCGAACAUAUUCUUUUCGUCAAUCCUCGCGCAAUCAUGUGUGGCAUCUUUGGUUACAUCAACUACCUGGUGGAGAAGGACCGCAAAUACAUCCUCGACACACUGGUAAAUGGUCUGGCUCGUCUAGAAUAUCGAGGCUAUGACUCGUCCGGUAUCGCCAUCGAUGGUGACAAGAAGAAUGAGGUCUUCGCAUACAAGGAGGUUGGCAAGGUCGCCAAAUUGAAGGAGCUCAUCGCCGCCGAGAACCCAGAUCUCACCAAAGUUUUCGACAACCAUGCCGGUAUCGCACACACUCGUUGGGCCACCCACGGUCAGCCCAGCCGCAAAAACUGCCACCCGCAUCGAUCGGAUCCGAAGUGGGAGUUUGCCGUCGUGCACAACGGCAUCAUCACCAACUACAAAGAGCUGAAGGCACUUUUGGAGACCAAGGGCUUCCAGUUCGAGACGGACACCGACACGGAGGCCAUUGCUAAGCUCGCCAAAUACAUAUACGAUGCCCACCCGACUAUCGACUUCACGACCCUCGUUAAGGCGGUCAUCAAAGAGCUGCAGGGCGCUUUCGGUCUGUUGAUAAAGAGUGUCCGCUACCCAGGCGAAGUUGUUGCGGCUCGUAAGGGUUCGCCUCUGGUCGUGGGUGUGCGAACAGCUCGGAAGAUGAAGGUCGACUUUGUCGAUGUUGAAUUCGGUGAUGGCGGCGAAGUGCUCCCGGCCGAACAGGCGAGCCAAAACGUGGCUAUUAAGAGGAACCAAGGACUUCUUGGCGCCAACCUGCUCGCACCUCCUGACAAAUCACUACUUCACCGUUCGCAAUCGCGCGCCUUCCUCUCCGACGAUGGAGUCCCGCAGCCGACCGAGUUCUUCCUCUCCUCCGACCCAUCCGCCAUCAUCGAGCACACCAAGAAGGUCUUGUACCUCGAGGAUGACGACAUUGCUCACAUCCACGAAGGUCAGCUUAACAUCCACCGUCUGACCAAGAGCGAUGGAACCAGCCAAGUCCGCGCCAUCCAGACAAUCGAAAUCGAGUUGCAAGAGAUUAUGAAGGGUCGCUACGACCAUUUCAUGCAAAAGGAGAUCUUCGAGCAGCCCGAGUCUGUCAUCAACGCGAUGCGUGGUCGUCUCGAUGUGGAAAAGAAGCUGGUGACCCUGGGAGGUCUGCGACAAUACAUUGGCACAAUCCGGAGAUGUAGACGUCUGAUCUUCAUCGCCUGUGGUACUUCCUACCAUUCUUGCAUGGCUGUUCGAGGAUGCUUCGAAGAACUGACCGAUAUCCCCAUCUCGGUGGAGUUGGCCUCUGACUUCCUCGACCGUCAAGCGCCUGUCUUCCGUGAUGAUACUUGCGUGUUUGUUUCGCAGUCUGGCGAGACAGCCGACUCGCUCAUGGCCCUGCGCUACUGUCUCGAGCGCGGUGCUCUGACCGUCGGAAUCGUUAACGUCGUCGGCUCUAGCAUCUCUCUGAUGACCCACUGUGGUGUGCACAUCAACGCAGGCCCCGAGAUCGGUGUCGCCUCCACCAAGGCUUAUACAGCCCAGUUCGUCUGCAUGGUAAUGUUCGCGCUUUCGCUGUCAGAAGACCGCGCAAGCAAGCAGCAACGCCGCUUGGAUAUCAUGGAAGGUCUCGGAAAGGUCUCUGAUCAGUUCAAGGAGAUCUUGAAGAUGGACCAGAGCAUCAAGGAGCUGUGCAUGAAAUUCAAGGAUCAGAAGUCCAUGCUCCUGCUCGGCCGUGGCGCUCAGCACGCGACUGCUCUCGAAGGCGCACUCAAGAUCAAGGAAAUUUCAUACCUGCACUGUGAAGCCGUCAUGUCUGGCGAACUGAAACAUGGUGUCCUCGCCCUCGUCGACGAGAACCUGCCUAUUGUCAUGAUCUUGACACGAGACGACAUUUUCGCCAAAUCUCUGAACGCCUACCAGCAAGUCAUUGCGCGAAAGGGUCGACCGAUCGUCAUCUGCAACACCGGAGACGAGGAGUUCCCCGGUGAGAAGACUGACAAGAUCGAGGUUCCUCACACCGUCGAUGUCCUACAAGGCCUGCUCAACGUCAUCCCGUUGCAGCUCAUGUCCUACUGGUUGGCCGUCGCUGAAGGCGUCAACGUGGAUUUCCCACGCAACCUGGCGAAGUCCGUGACAGUCGAGUGAGGUACCCGACAUGGCAUGUGUGGUCUUCCAGUCAUGGGCCUCGGAGUCUCGGAAUAGAUGGAUUUGUAACCAGAUGGUGCGUCACAUUGGGAGGUCUUUCUAUUGUAUGUCAGAUCCAACACUUGUUGCUAUACGCUUGCACGAAUACCUAAGAAUUGCCCGGAUAUAUUGGGAAUUGCGACAGUGGCAUCGGCGGUGCUUUCACGGUUUCACUGCAGACGUGAUUAGUUCUCAAAUUUGUCUCCAAGCUAGUUCACCGUUCGUUCGAUUCGAUUUUAAUGAUCAUUUCCCUUGCGGCUGCAAUACAAUCCAAUCCAUUUCUCACGGGCAGGCAUUACCUGGUCCACUGGGCAGUCCAAAUGAGCCGCGCGUCCGAAGAAAGACUAGCGCAUCCGCCCUGGUUACC